AAAAUAUACGCGGUUUACACCAACAUUUUGCGAUAUAUAAGCCUCUUUUGUAUAAAGUGUUAUUGGAUUGCUGGAAUCCCUCUGUUUCAAGAUCACAAAGACAUUAUUAUCUGCAGAAUGGAUUAUUACACAUAAUGGGUUCAUCCAGCAACGUGAGAGAUACUUCCAGGGAGGAUGGAAAUUUGAAUAAAUCUUACUCUAGCUAUCGUAAAUAUAGAAGAAGUCCCUCCUCUUCUUCGUAUAAUAGUUCUCGAAGGAGUAGGAGUUAUAGAAGUAGGAGCCGUACUAGACAAAGUUAUCGCAGUAAAAAUGGCUAUAAAGAUGAACAAAAAUAUGAUUCUCGAUAUAAAAGUCGUGAUAGUAGCUCUUACAAGCCAAGUAACUCCAGAAAUGAUUUAACUGGUGAUCAAAAUGCCAAGGAUUCCAAGAAGGUUCCAACUUCUAGACAACCUAAGAAGAGUGCAUGGGAUAGUAUGAUGCCGGUUUCGAAUCUAAGCGCUGAAUUGUGCGAUACACAUUCACUAAAUGAGAACAAGGCAAAGGGCAAACAUUCCAGUUCCUCUCAAGUAGUACCAGAUUCUCAACAGUGUAGGAUAUAUAUCGGAUCUCUAGAUCCUGAUGUGAAAGAAGAAGAUAUAAGAACAAUUUUUUCUUCUUUUGGGGAGAUUACAUGUAUAGAAAUGCCCAGAGAUCCGAGUACCAACAAAUCAAAAGGGUAUUGUUUUGUCGAAUAUAGAAAGAAAGAAUCCGCUGAUGUUGCGAUUGUAUCUAUGCAGGGAUUCCAAAUUAAGGGUCGUCCUAUUAAAUUAGGAAAGCCAAAUGCGGCUACCGGUCAGGGUAGCGUUUUUUCCGCAGGUAUGGGAAUGGCAUCAAUGUCUGCAGCCUAUACUAAUCCAUUUGCGAAUCCCAUGGCUGCAGGUGUUUUGGCAGCAGCUGCGUUUCUGCAGAGUCGUUCAGGAGUUAAGAUAGACACAUGUAUGUUUUCCAAAGUUGUUAAUAAGCGUGAUGUAGCGGUUAUUUUGAGUAAGAUUGGUGCUAGUGCAUCCAUACCAUUCUCUAUUGGCCCAACGCCUCCAGAAAUGAACGGGAAAAGAGUGCAUCUGGAAAACGUUCCUUUCGAGCUUGGAUCACAGGACAUUAAAAAGAUUUUUGAACCGUUUGGCACUAUUAUUAAUUGCGUUCUUAUACCACGGGAUAUGUUGCCUGGAUCAUUUUAUGGUUGCGGAUAUAUAGAUUUUGAGAGUCCGCAGGUUGCCCAAAUUGUAUCUUCAGCCAUGAACGGAUUCGAAAUUGCUGGGGCAAAAGUUCAGGUUACUAUGGCACCUUCUUCAUUGGAGCCAUCAAAUGUAAUUGUUCUAUGCAAUAUGGUUGAUCCAAAGCUUGUUGAUGAAGAGCUUCCUAAUGAGGUAAAGGAAGAAUGCAGCAAAUAUGGAACAGUAACCUCGGUGUAUUUGCAUUUUUCACAAAAUGAUUCUAUAUCCAUCUUUGUGGUUUUCAACACACAUGAAGACGCUGAAAAUGCUGUAAAAGCACUUAAUUCUCGUUGGUUCAACGGAAGACAAAUUGAAUGUAGAUCGUAUGAUUCAAGUGCUUAUUUUAGCGGAAAUUAUGACCUGUAA